AGAACACUGUCAACCACGCAACAUACAUGCAAAGUCGUCAUGGAGCUGAUUGAAACUGAGAGGCACUACGUCAGGGACCUAAUCAGCCUGAUAGAACGCUACCUAGAGCCCCUUCGAGAUGAAAUGUUCCUAUCUGGCGAUGAGUUAGACCAGCUGUUUGGCAACAUUAGAGGUAUAGUUCAAUUCCAGAAACUUUUUCUCCAAAGUCUUGAGGAAGCAAUUGAAACUAUCCCUGAUUUCCGUGCAAGCAAUUUCAAAGACGAAGACCUAAGACGUGUUUUGUCUUUGGUGGGAGGCUCAUUCAUGUACUACGCACACCAUUUCAAGCUGUAUAGCUCCUUUUGUGCUAGUCACUCGAAAGCCCAAAAGAUGAUUGCAUGCGAAGAAAAUGCGGCCCUGCAAGAAUUUUUAAAAGCUCGCAAUCCCAGGCAGCAGCAUUCUUCGACUAUCGAGUCUUUCCUCAUUAAACCGAUCCAGCGAAUACUGAAAUAUCCGUUACUGCUGAAACAGCUGGUCGAAUUAAGUGCACCGCAGUCCUACGAACACGCACACUUGAAAGACGCUCUGAGAGCCAUGGAAGCCGUUGCAGAACACAUCAACGAGAUGCAGAAGAUUUACGAGGAGUACGGGGUUGUACUAGAGGAGCUUUCAAAGCAACAUAAACAACAACAAUUACUUUAUAAUCAGCCUCCAACAUCCUCCUCAGCAGCAGCAGCGCCAUCUACAUCAGUGGACCUGAACGUGGGCGAAUUACAAAUGUACGGAACUGUUAACUGGGUCAACUGGGACGAGGAAUUGACGUCGGUGAAGUUGCGCAAGGAUUGUGACCUUUUGACCUUGGUCUUCAUCUUCAAGACAGCAGUCGUCAUACUGGCCAGGGAGAGACAGAAGAAUAAGAAGAAAGGAAAAAAUGUCAACUCAAAAAGUAAUAUAGUUGGAAGCUUCCAGAUGGAAACUUGCAGAUUCAAGCUGGUCAUUCCAGUUGACCAGCUGCAGGUAAGGACUCUGGUCGGAGAUGCGACUGAUAAGCAUGGGUUGUGGGAGCUUGUAUUCUGUAGAUCAGAGAAGGAAGGCAGACCUAAAAAAGUUUUUCAAUUCGUGAGUUCUCACAGGGCACGAAACGACUUCAUACGUACGAUACAUCACGCCAUGCACGAGAAUAUUCGAAGGUCGACAUUAAAUUCCGACCUUGAAAGUUUAAAGUUCAGAUCGUUACCGAAUCAGCAGCAGCAACAGCAGCAGCAGCAACAGCUGAUUAUACAGCAAAGACAGCAGCAGCAACAUCAGCAGAUGUAUGUCGUUUCUCUUGGAGCCGGACGCUUGCUAGGCAACAACAAUCAAGCCACUCCAGCCAAACCAUCAACAUCUGCCACAUCCUCCUUGAGCAACCUCAACAACCAGCCAACCGCCAUCAUCAGGCCAAUCUGUCCUCACUCCAACCACCAGAGAUUUACUCAACCAUUACCACAACAAAAAUCGUCGUCAUCAUCAUCAUCAUCACAUCCGCAAUCACGUGAUCAAUCAACUUCCGGAAGAGGUUUGUCGGUAGGAGCCGCUUCGCAUUUUAACUGUCGCGACGACUCCUGCAUCUACGGAACCGGAAGCAGUAACUUUACUAAAAACAACAACGCAGGUAAUACCAAAAACACUAAUAACAUUAACCCAAACGCCAAUUUUUCUAAUAAAAACACCAAUUUAUACAGCGCUAACUUUAUUAACAACAGUAGUUUAAGUAGCAGCAGUAUUCAUAGUGGUAGUAAUUGUUUUACUCCUAUCACAAGCGAUUACGUUAGCAAUAAACACAUUUGUAGUAGUGCAAGUAGCAACGGCCAUAACACUAAAAGUAGCAGUAGUAGCUAUUUUAAUAGUAGUCAUAGUAAUGUUGUUAAAAAACUGUGAAACAAUCACACGUACACACCCAUACAAACACGUACAUACACACACACAUAUAAACACGCGCACGCACACACACACACACACACACACACACACACACAUAUAUAUAUAUAUAUAUAUAUAUAUAUAUACUUAUUGCGAUGUUAUUGAUGGUUGUUUUAUAGACUUAACAUUAUCAUUGACAACGUAUAUAUAUUUUUUCAUAUUUUUAAUAUAAUUAUAAUAUAAUUAAAAUUAUCAUGACUUGAUAUUAAUAUAAGUAAUUUGUUUUUAUAUUUUAUUUAUUAAAUGUGCGUGUGUGUGUGAGUGUGUUUGCUUGUGUGUAAGUGUGUGUGUUUGUUUUUGUGUGUGUGUGUUAUAUUAAGUAUUCGUAAAUCAAAUAUAUUGCAUAUGUUUGCGAUCUUUUUGCAUCAUGUUAUUUAUUCGGAAACAGACACUUAUACACAUACACCACACACACACACACACACACACACACACAUACACACACACAAACAUGCAAACGUUUGUAUAUAUAUAUAUGUAUAUAUAUAACACUUGGUUAAAAAAUUUCAUGACAUUUCAAUACUUAUAUAUAUAUAUCACUAUUGAUAAAUGAAUGAAUGAACGUUUGAAUGAACGAUUGAGUGAAUGAAUGAACGAAUGAAUGAGUAAAUGAAUGAACGAAUGAAUGAGUAAAUGAAUGAACGAAUGAUUGAAUGUUUGAUUGAAUGAAGGAAAAAAAACAAAUAUAAAUCAGAUAAUUAUUGAGAAGCGUCUUCGCAUGGUUCAAUACUUUUUUAUUUUAAUCACAAACAUUUAACAAAUAAAUAUAUGAACGAAUUAUGGAUAAAAAAAACGAAUAGCUAAAUUAAUAAAUGAUUUAAUGGAUAGAGAUAAUAUUGACUGUCAAUUUAUAUAUCUGUAGUCAUAAUAUCAUUAAUAAUACUUUUGCAUUGUUUGGGUCAAAAGGGCUCUUUAAAUUAUGAGAAACUAUGAAUAUGACAAAAUGAAUAAAUAUAAUAUAAUUAUGAAUAAAUAUAAUAUAAUUUAUAAUACCUUUUCGGUGAAAAAUUAAUAGAUAUUUGUAUAUUUUUUUUUAUUAAAAUAAAUUAUAUAUGUACAUAUGUUGAGUCAAUGAUGUUCAUUUUUUUUACGUUAACUUUGCAAGUAAAGAUUGUAAAGUGUCAAUAUUUCAAUAUUUCAAUUUCGUCAUCAGCACAUUCAUUCAUUUAUUCGUUCAUUCAUUCAUCCAUGCAAUCAUUCAUUCAUUCAUUCAUAUAUUCAUUCAUUCAUACAUUUACACUUUUACGCAUUCACCCAUCCAUCCAUUCAUUCUUUCAGCCAUCCAUUCAAUCAUCCAUCCAUUCAUUCUUUCAUCUAUUCAUUCAUUCAUUCAUUCAUUCAUUCAUCCAUCCAUUCAUUCAUUUAUUCGCUCAUCUCCUCAUUUAUUUCUCCAAAAAUAUGUCCAUCUAUCAUCCCACUGGCACAGCCAUCGUGCGUCCUUGGGCAAGGCUUGAAUCCGCAAAGUCGCAAGCUCACGUUGUAGAGGGCGGCGAUGAUGUCCGCUCCACACUUCAGCGCUAUUUCCCUCUCUGUACAUUCC